ACAUAAAAACUCUUGCUACCAAGCACUAACAGACCAGUAUACCACCCAAGUGUGAUCGAUCCACCAGAUUGCUACAAAGAGCUAUGGCUGCUGUUUUCUUUGCGAGGCGGACGCGCAAGGAAGCUUUGACUGCAGUGCAAUGGGAAGAACCAAGUCUGAAGCACGAGUUUGAAGGACACAGGGAGGCGAUUUGGGGUUUUGUUUUCUUGCACGACAACAUUCACAUCGUGAGUGGUUCAGUGGACGGCACUAUACGCAAGUGGAACUGCGACACGGGACUUGUUGUUGGGGAAUCAUGGAAAGGUGAGGGGGGAAGGAUAUAUGCACUGGCACUUUCACCGGACGGGAAGAUAAUUGCGUGUGGGAGGGAGGACGGGAGUGUUCAGCGGUGGACUACCAAUGGUGAGAUGAUCGAAGGCGUUUGGACAGGUCAUACCGAAGUGGUCUGGUCGCUCUCGUGGUCACCCAGCGGAAGUCAUAUUGCCAGCGCGUCCGACGAUGGGACAAUUCUGAUUCGAAACGCAGAAAGUGGAAAAGUCGAAGUAGGCCCGAUCAAUACGGAGCAAGGCGGCGUCUGCGCUCUUGCAUAUUCGCCUUUGGGUGAGAUAAUUGCAUCAGGCGGGGACAAUACAAUUUGCAUCUGGGAUACCAGGACCGGCGAGCUUGUCGUUGGUCCCAUUAAAGGCCUGGGGAAGUUUUAUGUGCCGUCGUUGGUGUGGUCGUCAGAUAGCACUAAAGUUUAUUUCGCAUCCGACGAAUUCGCACGUGUCUUGGACAGCAAAUCAGGCAAACUCCUUCAUUCCUUCGAGCACAACAGUUACUUAAAUUCGGUUGCACUUUCUCCUGAAGCCAAUGUCCUAACGUGUGUGGGCAUCAACGGCGUUGCACAGCUAUGGGACACAGAGUCCAACCAGCCACUCGGCAAGCCAUUUCACCAGAAUCGCGACACCCUUUGCUAUGUGUCGUUCUCCCGAGACGGGAGCCAUCUAGCAUAUAGCGGAGAUGACGGGAAACUCACUCUCUGGAUGCUCAAAGACAUAGCUCCUCAGCUCCCAGCGCCCACGCCUCCCCAACAAAGUGACGGACAAAGCACUGUGACCAAGGAGGAAAUACGGUCUAACUCCACGUUAUCAUUUUGUCUGGAUAUUGAUGCUACAGGUGGUGGUGGCUUCACCGAGGAGGCGGAUGAUGAUCUAUACAACAACUUCUUCCAGUUUUCGCAGCAAUCUCUUCCAUCUCCAUCGCCUGGCUUCUAUGUCCCACCCUUGUUUUUGGCUCGCCGCUUGUUGAAUAUCUUCUCUCGACGUCGUCCAUCACCAGACGAGUCCGUUCCACAAGAACGCUCCAAACGUGGUUUCUUCAGUCGUCACGUUCGCUCAAACUCGUCCUUGGAACUCGCAACCACGAAACCCAACCCAGUGCCAGAAGGUAAAGUGGAAGAAUGCGAAGGCGAACAAGGUCAAAAUAUUGAUGAUCGCGGUUCCACGCAUAAUUCGCUCAGCGCCAUAAAGGAUAAAGGCAAACAGCGAGAUGAUCCACCUGCCGACGUACAAAGCCCGUUGUCUUAUGAUUGCACUCCCACCGCCCGCUUCGAUAGCAAAGAUCAUAGGACACUCUGGGAACGACUACUGGAGUCUCGAGGAAAAAUUUACAUGUUUGGUUCCCUGUUUCCCGUUAUUCGACUAGCAAAUACACCUCAACGCAGCACACCAAGCAAUACUUGGCACUGGAAUUCUAGUUUAUUUACAGUAGGAUCUCCCAGACAUCCUGUCGAUGUUGCUGCUUGCCGCGAUGAAGAUCGAUACGGCAUUGUCCCUGAAUCUGACGCAGAAGCGGCUGCAGCCAUGCUACGCACGAAUGACGAUGUGGCCGACAGUUCAACGCAACUAAGUCAACUUGCAAUGGGGGCACAUCUGUCUCAAGGACGGCUCACACAAACACAAGCCUCGACAAGCGGGCCACAAGAAAUUGAAGUAAGCUGCUGCUUUCGAAACACGUUGCAAGUUGUUACGAAAUUCAAUCUUGUCAGGGCUGUCCACAGUUCACCGUACCCGCCGAAAGGAAACCACGCCAAGGAUGUUAUCAUAUUGGUAUCGCAACGCCAUCCCAACCCGGGGCACAGUCUUCACACACAGUCGGUCUUGCCCCUCAAACUUUACAUCGCACAUGAAUCUCACAUCAACCAUUGGAUCAAGCUUAGUCCUGUCCAUUUUGCGAUGACUUUGGUGUCAUCGCCAAAUGAACAGGACAUUGGCCCCAUCUUGAUGCCUCACAACCAACCUCACCGUUCAGUUCUCGCUUUUGCUUGCAACAAUCUUACCGUUUAA